UUCUGUGCUCAUCGUAGCGUGACCCUGCACACUGUGGUACGCUUUUGAGCAGUAAUGUGUAUUUUCAUUUUCUAUCUCGAAUUAUGGGUUGUUUUCGGUAAAUAUGCUCAAAUAUGCCUGGUGAAAACUGUUGUAUGAAUGGUUGUGGAGUAAGUCGACGCAAAGGUGCGAAUAAUCCUGAUGGAAAGAUCGGAUUGUUCAAGAUUCCCGCAGCCAAGGAUGAAAAGUCAAAGCAAUGGCGAAAGGAACUAUUGAACAUUAUAACGAAGUAUCGAGAACAGGACGAAAGCUUUAAAAGACAGCUAGCAAACGAUACCCUUCAUAUAUGCGAGAAGCAUUUUGUACCUGAAGACAUCACAACACAUCAUGGUGCAAAGCUAACAAAAAAAUUUCUGAAAUUUGGUGUGCUUCCAACCAAAGAGCUGCCAAAAAAAUCAAUGGAUCACCAUUUUCCAGAUCAGUCACAGAAAAGCCGGCCCCCUAGAAGUAUUGUGAAGGAUUCAGACCCUACAGACAGGGAAAAAAGUUGCUACAAAGAUUUCAAAGAUGUGUGUUCCAGGGUUAAGAAACUAUCUAUCAAGGACUGGCAUGUAGAUGUAUCUGAGGAUAAAAUUGAAAUAAAGAAACAUCAAGUUCCCUACAUACUUCCUCGGCUGUGUGUUGAGAUCAAUGAAAGCCUUUGCUUUACUAUUUAUGUGUUUAACUGGCGUAUUCCUGUUGAUCAUUUUCUAUACAAACAGUUUAAAAGGACGUUGAAACUGAUAACUAUAUCAGAGCUACUUCGGAUUAUUGAAAAUCUCAACAUCUGCAAAGGGCACAGUGCAUUAAGCCACUCAGGGAAGUCAAUACAGCACAGCAUCCCACUUUUCUUAGAAGAAGAUAAUGAAGAUAACCCAUCUUAUGCUGCAAAACAUUUUUAUCGUGCAAAAUAUUGUGAGGUGUUAAUAAAAGGAGAAAAUUGCAUGAACUGCCAAGAGAGAGAAAGGUUGUUUUGCAAGGAUGAAGCAAGGCGUUCUGCAAGACAAGCUGUUCCAGCAAAACUAAAAGCACCUGUUAGCAUGACCUCAGCCAAGAGAUUAAAGCUAACUUUGCAGGCAAAUAGACUCAAAUGCAGGCAACUUGAGUCAAAGGUUGAGGAGAUGGAAAAAGAGGUUGCAAGGCACAGUGUUCAUGUGCAGUCAGACCUCAGCCAUGAUCUGCUGCAAUUGAUCUCUAGACAUGGGGGCUCAAUGAGUCCCUUUAUGAAGCUCUUUUGGCAGCAGCAGCAAAAAAAUGCUUCAAGAAUGCCUAAAGGGCAAAGAUACCAUCCAAUGAUAAUUAGAUGGUGCCUUUCUAUAGCAUCAAAGUCAUCUGCAGCCUAUGAUGAGAUUAGAGGAACAUUUAAAGGUACAGGCACUAUAGAGCUCCCUAGCAGGCGACAACUAAGAGAUUAUAGCAAUGCUAUAAAACCAAAAACUGGGUUUAACCCAGAUGUCAUCCAGUCAUUGGAAACCAUCGUUUUAGACUACAGGCCUACAGAGAGGUUUGUUGUUCUGUUAUUCGAUGAGAUGAAGGUGCAAAGUGGACUUGUUUGGGAUAAGACUACUGGAGAACUCAUUGGAUAUGUGGAUCUUGGGGAUCCUGAUGUCAACUAUGCUACACUAGAUUCCCAAGACAACAUAGCCACUCAUGCCCUUGUUUUUAUGGUCAGAGGCAUAUGCAGCAAGUUACAGUUUGUAUUAGGCUACUUUGCCACUGCUGCUGUCACAUCUUGCCAAUUGUUUCCGCUAUUUUGGAAAGCAGUUGCAAUUUUAGAACUACGUUGCAAUCUAGCAGUUGUAGCAGCAACUGCAGAUGGAGCAACUGCCAACAGGCGCUUUUUCAAAAUGCAUGAGGGUGUCAGCAAUCAUAAUGAGAGAGAUGUUGUUCACAAGGCUUCAAAUAUAUAUGCCAAUGAAAGGUAUAUAUUUUUCUUCAGUGAUGCACCUACCUCUUAAAGACAUGCAGAAAUUGUUUGUUCAAUUCUGGAUCUGGACGCUAUAGCAGAUACUUGUGGAAUAAUGGUGAUGAAUUAUUAUGGGGUCACAUUGCAAGCAUGUAUCAUCAAGAUCAGCAGAAUGGUCUCCACCUUUUGCCAAGGCUUACAUUUGAUCACAUAAAGCUGAAUUCUUAUUCCAUUAUGAGAGUGAACCUUGCUGCUCAAGUGUUGAGCAAAUCUGUUGCAGCAGUUCUAAAGGAAUUUGGUGGGAGGAACACACUGGCUACUGCAAAAUACUGUGAAAUGGUCAAUGAUUUUUUUGACUGUUUCAAUAGCAGAAGUACCAAUGAAAGUCAUUUUCAAAGAAAUAAUAAUCUCUCUCCCUAUACAGAUGUUGAGGACAAGAGGUUUUUGUGGUUAGAGAAAGAUUUCUUAGGGUAUUUUGCUUCCUGGAAGGACAGUAUAACUAGAAGAGAAGGUUCUUUUGAUGAAAGCUCACGUGCCAAGAUGUUUAUAUCAUGGCAAACACACGAGGGCAUGAAAAUAAGCAUUUAUUCAUUGAUUGGUGUGGUCCGCUACCUCCUUUCCAAUGGCGUAGAUUAUGUGCUAUCCAACAAAUUGUGCCAAGAUCCGGUGGAAGAAUAUUUUGGUCACCAAAGAGGACUUGGUCGCAGAAGUGACAAUCCUAGUCUAAGAGACUUUGGGUACAAUGAUAACAAAUUGCGAAUCCAAAGAUUCAUAUCCCCAGUUGAGGGAAAUACCAGAGGAAGGAAAAGAAAGAGAACAGAGACAAAGUGGAAGACAGUCAUUCCUGAUCCAAUCCCGAAGCGGAAACAACAAGCAAAAGGCAACAUGUAAUGAACUUUUUAAUUGUUUUUAAUCAACUAAGAUACUUGCACAGCUUCUGUUCACACGAUAACUUGCUAUUUUCUAGUAAAGCAACUCCAAUCUAAUUUAAGGAUUUCCAAUUUAAAAUUAUUAUUGCUGUCAUCAAUUGUUUUCAUUUUGGCCCACCUCAAAUUUAAAAAAAUUAAGGAAAUAAAUGAAAUAAGCAAAUUUUUUAAAUUUUUAUUAAAUGUCACUAUAAUAUUAGACAGCAGCUUUAGUUUGUUGAUUAGAAUAGAUAUCAUCAUUCUAUUCGUAAAUUUAAUGUAAUUGUUAAUUGUUUCUACAGUUUUCCCACAUUUCUUUUCCAUAGCUUAAUUUAAAGUGACACUAUGUCCAAAGUUAUGUCCAAAGUUUACUGAUAACAUCAUACAGCUUCCUUAUCUGCUACUAGACCCACUAGACUACAUAAAAAUGAGGCCAGAGUAAGAUUAGAUUGCCAAUUCAUAUAUAUCUUCAGCAGUACAUGUUUUUAAUAGCUAACAUUACAAUAGAUUGUUUUGGUUAUAGACCCUUUGUUCAUUUCAGUUUUUCAGCUGGCUUUUCUGUUUCUCUUUGAAUUUCCUUCCUCAGGGCUUUUGUUUUGCCUUUUUUCUGUUCAAAUUUAAAUUUGUUGACAACAUCCUUAGCAUGUGAGAAUGAUCUCACCUUCACAUAGAGUGACAAAAUAUUUGUUAAAAGGUCUUUACUUCCAGCACUAUCAACUUGAAUGGCACAGCGUUCAGUC